AUGUCUAUUUAUCCGUUCUUCAUGGAUUUUGAGCGUCCUAGAACACGACAACACUUAAUGGAUCAACAUUUCGGGUUAGGACUGACGCCGAAUGAUUAUUUGACGAUUGUGGCUGUGCCGCAAACGAACAAUAACUACAACAGACCAUGGCGAAAUCUUAGGGCAUUAAACCUGGAUGAAGGAUCUACAAUUAAAAACGAAAAGAACAAGUUUCAAAUCAAUGUGGAUGUUCAGCACUUCGCUCCCGAAGACAUUUCUGUGAAAACUGCUGAUGGGUUUUUAGUUGUUGAAGCCAAGCACGAAGAGAGGCAGGAUGAACACGGAUUCAUUUCGCGAGGCUUUACAAGACGUUAUCAACUACCAGAAGGUAUUGAGGAGUCUGCUGUGAUCUCUAAGCUGUCCUCGGAUGGUGUGCUUACCAUCACAGCUCCAUUGAAAGCACCACCAAAGGGUUCGAAUGAGAGAAUUGUUCCAAUUGUGCAGACCGGGCCGGUGAAGAAGCAGCUUGAAGGUGUAAAGACUGAGUAG